AUGCCGUUGUGGUCGUGCUUCAAGGGUCGCUCGGUCUUUGACCCGCAUCAUGUGACCACGAAGCUGAAGCUUUCCCUUUCCCAACUGGAGCAAGGUGUCCCCGGUGCGCAUCACAAGGUUGAGAAGCGUUUGAAUCAGGUGCUGGAUAUCGUCCAGGGGCAGGACCCGAGUUCUCGCCUGGUAGCUGCAUUGGCCCACCAUUUUCGCGUCAACAACAUCUUCCGAGAUAUCAUUGCCUACAUGCAUCUGCUGCACACGCAGGAGAGAGUGAACGCCGCCCAUAUCUUUGUCACCAUUUUCCGUCGCGAGAUCGACCGAUGUUCCCCGACCGUCGAGUAUCUCCGCGCUCGUCCGGAAUCGUUCAUGAGCAUCUACAUGGGCUGCUUCGAGAUCGAGACCAACACGGCUUUCACUAGGAUGAUGCACGAGUGUAUUGCCCACGAGCGUUUGGUCAAGAUCCUUUACGAGGACGAGCGUUUCUACCUCAUCUUUACCCAUGCCUUCUCCGCUGAUUAUACCAUUUGUGUCACUGCUCUGGAACUGUUGGAGGCCCUCCUCGUCCGCCAGCGCAUGCUUACCGCUAAGUUAAUGAAGAAUAACUAUGAGCGCGUCUUCAAGGCCUACAACAAGUUGAUGGAUUGCAGCAAAUACAUCGUGCGUCGUGAAGCGCUCAGGCUGCUCCCGCAAUUCCUCAUUCAUCCUUUCUACCAAGAGAUCAUGGUGCGCUACGUUGGGGAUCUUGCAAACCUGGAGCGUGUCACCAAGUUGAUGACGCACGACCCGAUCGAGAAUAUUCAGAUUGAGUCGUUCCAUUGCUUCAAGCUGUUCCUGGUGAACCCGCUAAUGCCGAAAGACAUCAAGGCCUAUCUGAUUGAAAAGCGCGAGCAGAUUGUCGAUUUCAUCGAAGAAUUCGACCGACAGCACGGAGAGGGCGCGAACGAUUUCGACGAGCACAAAUGCCUCCUCCAUAUCCUCCGCGGUCUCAAA